CCGAGCUCGAAGUCUUUACGGAGAAAUCUCGAACAGAAGUUUUUUUGUAUAGACCGAGCCCGUAGCGCGAGGUUCAAAGUUUUCACUUUAUAUAAUUUUAUAAACUUUUCAAAAAUAGUAGACGUGACGAUGGUUGUUUUUGUUGCUGUAUUUUAACUCAGGAUUAUGAGCCAAGUGGAUAUGGGAAGAAUUGUAUUUGCAAUUGUUUUAUAAAAAGAUUGUUGAACAGGCGGUUGUCAAGCUACCAGUAAAGAUCAUCAUAUUCGUAAUGACUGCUGUAGUUCUUGGUGGAAGUAUUUAUGGCUCAAUGCAAUUAGAGCAACAGUAUGAAGCCAAAUGGUUUCUUCCUACUGGAACGUCUGUCAGAAAUUAUAUGGAAAUUAAUGAUGAGAAAUUUCUUGAAGGUGGUCAACCAACUGCUUUUUAUACCGGAGAGAUUGAUUAUUUCAAAGAACAAAAACUUUUACACAAACUUAAUAACAACUUAAGGAGUGAAAUGCAGUACUUGGCAUCAAACACAACAGUAAAUUGGUUUGAGAAAUAUAUUCAAUGGUUAAAGAAAACCAAACCUGUAUACCUAGACAAUUUAACUAUGACGGUUUCUACAAAAAACAAAUUCUAUGAACAACUGAAAAUAUUUCUAAAUAGUAAAGAUGGUAGACGUCACAGAAAUGAUAUAAUAUGGAAUAAAAGUAUGAAAGUCAUUAAGGCAGCUAGAACACGGGCAUUUCUUAAAGUUUUUAGAAAAUCAAAAUAUCGCGUUGAAGGAAUGAUAAAACUUCGCAACAUAAUUGAAAGUAUUGGCUUUAGUUUGGAUCCCAUAGUUUAUGGCGAAUGGGUUUUGUUUGCUGAAACCUCCAAGGUGAUUGCUGAAGAACUUUUUAGAAACAUUUUAUUUGCUAUGGCUGCCAUCUUCAUAGUGAACUUUGUGUUUAUUGCUAGCCCAUUGACAUCAUUGCUUGUAUGUUUUUGUGUUAUUUUAACAGUGGUAGAUGUGGCCGGAAUGAUGUACUUUUGGGAUUUAACAAUUGAAACUGUUUCAUUUGUGGUGCUUAUAAUUUCUAUUGGUUUGUCUGUGGAUUAUGCAUCUCACGUUGGACACACGUUUAUGACAAAAUCUGGUACAAGAAAAGAAAGAACAGUUAAAAUAUAUCGCGAUAUCGCCCCAGCGGUAUGGAAUGGUGGUUUUAGUACAUUUUUAGCGAUUGCUCCAUUAGUUUUCUCAAAAUCUCACGUUUUUAUAACAUUUUUUAAGAUAUUAUUUGGUGUUAUUAUAUUUGGAAUGUUUCAUGGACUUAUUGUCCUUCCUGUGAUUUUAUCAAUCAUUGGUUCAAGUCCGUAUGAUUUGGCAGAAAAAAUGGAAAAUUCUUCAAUGUCUGGAAAUGUUUCACAAGAGCAAAAUAUCAAUACACUUACUGUUCUGUCUCACACAAAUGAAGGUUUGCAGGAUGGUGAUGAUGUUCAAAGCACUAUUUAAACGUUUUCAGCCAAAGAAAGAGGUAUCUGAGACUGAAAAACCACCAGUUUUCAUUGUUGAAAUGAGCAAAUGAAAUUUGAGAAUGAUUUAAUGCACAUGUAAUUUCAUAGAAACAUAAAUGAAGAAGCAAAGAGAACAUCUGGUCAUUUCAAUAAAACAUCAUUUUGCUUGUUUACUUAUAUCUACUAAAAGUAGCUAAACACUUUCAUAACAAGAGAGUUAGUUAGAAAGAAGUUAAAUACGUGAAAAUUUAUACCUUUUCUAAACCGCGCACAGUAAAUUCUCAACAUCAUAGAGAAUGUCAAAUAGCUGAACACGAAGAAAAUAAAGUAUCUAUUUUUCCAGA